CUCCCGCCGCUCCCAUGGAGCUCGCCAUGCCGGACUCGCAGCAGCCGGAGGAGGUUGUCACGCCGGAGUUGCAGGAGCUCGUCGCGCCGGAUUCGCAGGAGCCAGAGGAGGUCGUCACGCCGGAGUUGCAGGAGCUCACGCUGGACUUGGAGAUGGAGGUGGUGCCUGACUUGUAGAUGGCGCCGGACUCCAUCAUGCCGGAAUUGCCGGAGCUUGCGCUGGACUCGGAGACGAUGGUGCCAGAUUCCUUGCCGCCGGGCUCUUUUUUAUGUGCUCUCUGUCAUCUCGUCCAUGAGAUCCGCCAAGCAUGGAAUCGUGCGCACUCAUGGAGAUGGCCAUGCUCUCGCUGCGGUCUCGUCCACGCGGAAUACAGACUCAGCGCCAUGAUUUACGGCCUUGACGAGUUCAAUUGCGAGCUUCUCAUUCCCGACCUCGACAAUGUCAUGAUGCAUGGCAAUACUGUCAUGUUACCUGCACACAUGCUCAAGAUGCUCGAUAAGAAGCACGAGCGUGAGCUAGCUGCCAGGAAGGACCACACCAAAGCACUACAAGAGUGGCCUCGGCUUCAUCUAGCAAAGAUGGAUCAUAAGGGAUAGAAGUUGGCAACCGAUCUUCUCUUUCUAAUGUUUCCUUUUGCAUGUGAGGAAUUUUGAACUUAUUGCAUCCUUUCACC